ACGGUGUAACGUUGCUCCGGCCAGCACCACCAGCUUCAGUGUCGUUUCGGCCGCGGUCUCGUUCGGUCGUUCUCGGUGAAGGGUCAUAAGUUUAUGCUCCUUUAACACAUCACCGCGACCGUCUCUCUUCCCGGCCUACUUUUGAUCUACGGAAUACGUUGCGGUCUUGUGCCGAACUUGAUUGCUCCAGCCAUCGUUGUCAAAGUUUAUUAUGAAUAUGGGCUAGUUUGUGACUAUCCUUAUCCGCUUAAGGAUCAGAAUCAAUGGAGUAAUGUGUCACGACAAGUAGGAAGAGAAUCUGAACGGAGUUGAUAGUGCUCGAGUGCAGGUGUAUCGUAUUUAUUCCGCAUUGUUGAAGAUUAUCGUGAUCGCAUAGCAUUGGUGGCGCGGUCCGCGGAUAUUGUAAGAUGAGCCCGGCCUCCCAGGGCGCCCUGGAAGUGGAGCGUUACAUCGGCAGUUGUCUAAUCUCGUCCAACGUGCGCGCCGGACUGCACGGCAAGCCCGUGACCGUUUGCCGAAAGCAGGAACAAUCAGCAACGGUACGCGGCGGCAAGACGCGCGGCAGCUAUAAUGGAGGGCAGAGUUACCCCGGGCUGGCCGAUCAGCAACAAUGUCAGGUGCAAUACGGCGGUCCGGGCGGCUGGACGGGUGCGCCGUUGAUAUCAAUGACGUCGAGUCCGCGCAGGUGUAAUCAACGCUCAUCACCGUCGCUCGGUCAACAACAGCAGCAACAGCAACAGCAGCAGACGUGCACUGAUCAGCAGCAAGUGCCACCGGGCGGUCAUCUACAUAAAAGUCCUCUGUCAAGGUUGGCGAUUCAUACGCAGGGCGCACCCCUGAUUCUGGCCGGACGAUUUUACAAUCGUGGCAAAGUGCACAGUAAUAACAGCAAUAACAGUGGUAAUUCUAAUGGUAUCACUAAUACGCCAUCCUGCGGCAACAUCGCCGGUAAUUACGUUCAUAAUAAUAACGCGAACCCGUCCAUGACGAGCAACGUGAACGGCUCGACGAGGUGUCCGGCAUCGCGAAUCUCACCUCAAAAAUCGAUGGAGGCUAUCGCCAAGAAAUCACCGACGACGGUAUCUUCGAAUUCCAAAACAGCGGCGACGAACGCCGACUGUUCUUCCGCAACGGCAAAAGAAAACACUGGUUCCUCGAAUAUCGCGAACAUCGAUUCGCUGAGUAUCGCGAGCGACGAGAGCUCCGGCUCGAACAACUCGGAGAACAGUUUGCCUCGCAUCAUCAAGCCUCGCAAGCGCAGAAAGAAGGAUCGUAAACCGCCGAACAACGUUGUCGCGAGUGGUGUCGACGCAGCUAAAUCGGAGGAGCCGCAGGCGCAGCGGCAACAGCCUGCUGGUUGCGGUGUCGUAGCCGGGGAACAAUCCAGCGUCAUCGGUGUAAAAUCGUACGCACCGACUUGUUACGAACCAAGAAUCUAUGAAGCGGUCACGCCGCAUCUCAGGAACUACCGGAGGCCACCGGUCAGCCAUCGUGAGAAUAUCUACGGCGGCUGUAGAGCGCCGUCGAUGCAGACAGAGAUGGCGGACAUUAGGCAGCAACGGUACGCGCACCACCGGCAUCAUGUGCAAGUGAAAGUGUUAGACGACAACCGUAACGUGAUCGCGGCGCCGAUUCGUGCCACGGCGCCGCCCAAGGGCUACCGGCAUCAUCACGCCAACGAUAACGGUAACCUGUCGCGACGUUACGUUCAUGAAUACGCGGGAGAAUCCUGCGAGAUCGUUGCCAGAGGGGACGGUUUGGGCCCGUGUCAAUGUCGAUACUGCGAUCCUGCCGGUUUGAUUUGGGACGUCGAUCGGAACGGGUACUCGCCGUUCCUGACGACGACGUUGCCACCACCACCGCCACCGCCGUCGUCGUCCGGUGUUGAGUAUUGUCGCAGUCAUUUCGGCCAAAUACCGCUGUUUUUGACGUCGCCGUGUACGAAUCUUCAGGAACGUGCGCUCGACAGAUUGUUCGACGAGCACUCUCGAUUGCACGACGACAAUAGGGACACAGGGCCUGUCGCCGGGCCCGGUGGUGUAGUGUUGAGGCGUAGCUGGAGCGAUCCGACGAGUUACUUCAGUUACGGCGAGGAGAUCACUGCGCCGACGAAGGACGUCGGUGUUAUCGGCGAUCGAGGGGGCCAGUCUGAAAGUGGGAAACACAAACGAGCUCUUUGGCGUGGCGACAGCAUCGGUAGCGCGCCAGCAAGUUCACCAGCGAACGCGAAUGCGGUGGGUCCGAAUGCCGGUGGUGGAUCCAUCGCGUCUCCGAAAGGUCUGGAGGUAUCUACGGAAAUCAUUACGUCGCCCAACGGUCAUCGGGAUCUGGAGAUCAAGUUCUACUCGUCGCCAUCGCCCGCUGAACGUCUCGCCGAGGAAGACAAGUCGUCGUCGAGUUUCACCGGGGAGGUUGAUGACGACGACAACGGAGACGAUAACUUCAGCGAUAUAUGGAGUUACCACGAAUCGAAGUUGCAGCAAGAUUUCCGUACGUUGCUGCAGGCGGAGGAGUGAUGGGUUGUCGUUAUCUAAUCGAAGAUAUUCCCGAGCGCUUGCGGUCGCGCGGACUCGCCCGGUGGAGUGUGAAGUGAGAGCAAAACGGCGAAUGCCCAACGGCAGUAGAAUCCGUGGAGAAAAAGAAGAGGAGAGUGCGUGGGGAGUGGUGUUGACGAUGAGCUAUUUGAUCCCAUUCCGAAACGAAGUGACACGAGAGAGAAAUACGGACGAUGUUAAUCUGGUCGCUCGUCAUGCGCAAACGAUUCGAUUGACGUUCGCCUUAGUCUUACGGUGGUCGCUCUUACGUGUGGUCCGGGAUCUCAAGGGGGUCAGAGCCAAGCGUCCCCGUGCGAACAACGGUGCCGCUAAGCCUCACAACAAGACGGCGUCAAAGACGACAACGAGGAGGGGCUUCUCACCGCUAACGGUGUUCGUAGUAUACGUGACGUGACGUGACGCGCGUGCACGCAAUGCCGCACGCGACUCACCAUCGCAUCGACACUCCAUCUGAUGUUCCACGUUCAGCGAAGUGAAAUGACUUCAGCAACCGAGAAAUGGUGUCGAUCAGCCUUGUCGCGAGCGUGUUAGUCUUACGGGAUCGGAAGAGCGUGCACUUGCGUGCGUGCGUGCGCGCGCGCGCGCGCGCGUGUGUGUGUGUGUGUGUAUACAUGUAUACACCGGAGCGCACUGUACUAAUACACGUGACCGUGCUGUCGGGUCUCUUUUAGCUUUUUAAUGAAUUUUCCUUGUAGUAGGUUGUGACACGAUGAUCGGUUAAAUCGGUACUUUCUUCGUAUUUUUAUAAGUGUUUUUGUUCUCUCUGACACGCGCAAGAGUACUCGCUCGGAGAUCCGGAGGUGACGGAACGUUAAUUGAACUAAAUGCUAUUGAGAAAAAUCACCAGAGAAUAAUAGCACGCUCCGUAUUUUUAAAACACGGUCCGUAGUUUUCAAAAUCAAUUCGUAGAUUCGUGCAAUCGAUCCAUUCAAUGUUUCUAUUUGCACUGACGAAUUGGAGGGCACUAGUCGAUUAAUUCUGUUGAUUUAUAAAUACCUAUCAAUAGAAAAUAUUUAGAUAUUUAAUCUUAUUUUAAUCGUCAAUUACGCACGACUCUAUGUUAAAAUUAAUAUUAUCUCUUAUUUUUCAACGUUUAUUCGUGGUACGACCUACGGCGAGAGAUUAUAUGUAAAAGAAGUCUGUGAGCCAAGAAACAAUGAACGUAUAGGAAUAAGGCGGAAGAGACAAGGAAUAAAAUGUAUAACGUUCCUGAUAUUUUAUGUAUUACCAAUCGGAAUAUCGGAAUGCCUUUACUGUGCCCUUCUGUAGACGUGGGACCACUCAUCUUUCUUAUGCUUCGACCAUAUCUGUUUUCCGAUCGAUUGCCCCUACACAAUGAUUAUCUUAUCAUGAAUUUAUUCUAUCUCAUUCCGCGAUCCCACGCCCAAUUCUUAUACUCCAUUGUGUCUUGGUUUCGACCCGAGAUCGAUGCGUAGAAUACUAAACUAUCGCUUCACGCGUAAUCAGACAGCGGCUAUUUUUCCUCGAUGUCCAUCGAUUUGCAAAAUAACGAUCCAUGCGUAUUUUGACAUUCUCUUCUCUACAUUCUUUGGAGUAAGAUACACUCCAAAGAAUUUAGUAAGUCCUUUUGCCGUUUUGCGGCUUACUGAUGAGUAACAGUUUUAAAAAUGCUAAAUCGUCAAUCGAAUUUGUUCUUAACGCGAACUAACUUUAACAUUUAGAUAUUCUCGAUUACGCAUCGCGCCAUUCAUGAUGGAAACGCGAGACGUCGCGUGCAGUGCUUCUAAGGCGCGUCCGGGAAAAGUAGUUUUGACCGCCGUAUUAGCCGCAAGGGGUUAAUCACGAGGGUUAAGAUGUAUAUUUACACGUGAACGCAUGUCUCGUCCGACAACGCACCAACACGUUCGCGUGAUUGCGAUAUACGCCGGCUUUUUCUCGCCGUAGUCGUUGCCGCCGCUACCACCACUACCACUACCAUCACCAUCACCACCACCACCAUCACCAUCAUCACCGCCAACUCAAGACGAGUAGCGGCGACGUGACCGUUUAAAACGUAACAUAGCAAUUAAUCGGAAGAACGAUGAACAGUCCGGUCCAUUGCUGGCCGCCACCACCGCUUCCGCCGAUCGUAAUCGACGUCUGCGCCUUCUAUCUCGCUUCUCCCUUCGCGCCCGAUCGCGCGUGAUAGUAGGUCGAACUGUUCCCCCGGCGGGAGAGAGAAUCUUCAUCAUCAUCAUCUUCUUCUUCCCGCGAAAGGGGCUCGCCUCGCGUGAAAGGAGCUACCGUCUCUACUGGUAACUGCGUUUAAUCGCGCACUAUCGCCGCGUUUUAUCGGAUAAUUCGAUGCAACGGUUCAGCCUCGGAAUCGAGCACCGAUAAUCGAGCAGCUAGCUCACCGAGUUCGUAACAUUGUUUCGCUUUUCCCUCUAUCUCCCUCUCAUGCACGUCGUUUACCGUUGUGUCUGCUAAAUAACGGCAAGCGGACCAGAUAAACGCGUUAUUGAUUUGUACAAUAUCAAUACAAUCAAGUGGAACUAUCGUUGCCGUCAUUUCGCCUCGACCCGCUGGAAUCGGAUGGCAAGAUAUUGUCACGCGUUCCGUUAUGCGAUGUCCAACUCGUCCAGAAUUGACGAUCGGUAGCUUGAAGUUUGCAUUAUUCUCUCUCUCUCUCUCUCUUCAUUCUCAAAUCUACCUCUAAACAAAUUACAGUUAACGUUAAUUAAUUCCGUUCCAAAUGAAACCUUGCGAUGUUUGAUAUUUAGACUUUCUUUUUUUCAUCUCAUUAAUGAAAUGUCAUUGGUACUCAACAUACUGCCUAAAUAAAUUUGAACAAGUCAGGAUUCUGAUAUUGAUAGAGAUUUUAACUAUAGUUAUAAAAACUACGAUGAAGAAUCUCAUCGUUAAUUCGUUAAAUAACUUUUUGUCAAUUUUUUCCGGUAAUGUUAUAAUCGAUUGAUCACCGCCACGGACCGAUUAUCACGGCGAUCGAGAUGUGACGGGUCGAAGCGCUCGAGGGUGGAAGGCGCGGCAAAGAAUUACGCGGCAGGAUUCAGGCGUUCUAAAGAUAUACUAUAUCCCGAGAUAUACUAUAUAUCUACAUUAGCGAAAGGCCAUCGCGCAGAUUUACACAGAGCGUAGAAGUGAGUAAACGUAGAAGCGAGUCGGUCGGUCACUUAACACACACACACACACACACACACACAGACACACAUGCGCGCGCGCGCACGCACACACACACACACACACACGUACGUACGUACACACAGAUAUGCCGUGUCUAUUGCAAGCCGCGUCGUGAUAGGUCGACUUGUUCUUCUGUAAAUCUGCGCUCGAUGAUCAAGAGAGCCUCAGUCGAAAGGACUGAGGUUGCGCGACGAAUCCUGUGAAUCCUACGUCGUUUUGUAUGCGUUAUACGAAAACUAUACCACCUGUACCCGUUUCCCUGCGACAUUAUACGUCAGCUAAACUGACAAGACACGUACCACAGAGCCACCCAGCGUCAUUAUACGCCACAUAGGAUAUACAUAGGAUAUACAUACACACAUGCACACGACAAACUCAGCAAACCACCUAUCGUUAGAUAAGUCUAGAAUCUAAGGCAAUCCAUUUAGAUUAUUAUCUCCGUUGUCUAUAUGUGUAUAGAAGAAACUGCGUUUUGUUGUCACGAUUUCGGAGCAUGCGAUGGAAAAAUACGACGACGAUGACGAGAUAUGAUUGGGGAAUACAAUGGGUGGAUAUUUUGAAUGGGUGUUUUUGCGUUGAUACAUGUUUCGUUUUGGAGAAACGGAAGAAGAUGAAUACAUAUUCACAAAUAAUAGAAUAAUGGAAGUAUUUUUUUCGUUCGUGCUAAAAAAAAGAGAAGUUCGAAAGAAUACCGCAUUGUUUUUCGUUACAAUUACAAAACGCGCAGUUACUAAAUAGCUAUGUAUAUAUUACAAAUGCAAACCGCAAUCGGAGAGACACAGGUUUGGCGUUCCACUUUUCCGAGAUAUAUAACGCGGUGGAAUUAUUCAUGAAUAUUUAUAUAUAGCCGUUUCUCCAAAAAGAAGCGCAUGCGGAUUAAACUAGGAGGAAACCGAUGAAAUCUUGUUAGUAUUCAGUACGUUCGCGGUGCUGGGUAUACGAAGGGCAGGCCAUAAAAAUUCGACAAUGACGACAACGACGACGUUCGUUUGGGUUAUAACGGGUGUGCGCUUUGUGCCGAGUUUGACGUGGUGAGCGUAUGUUUUCCGAGCGAACACGAAGAAUGAUAUUAGCAAUAUUGCUUUCCUGCCGAUUAGUCGCACUUUGCGUGGCAAGUUUUAUUGCUGAGUGGCGACAGAUAAAUAUUGUUCUUGGUUCCUUGUUAAGACGGAGCGUGCGCCAAGCAUCGAUACAUAAUCGUGCAAUGCGUACACGAGGAAAUUGCAUGCGAAAGAGAAAAGAGAAAGCUUGCAAGAGUGAGUGAGAGAGAGAGAGAGAGAGAGAGAGAGAGAGAGAGAGAGAGAGAGAAACUCCUUUAAUAACAUCGUCGUUGAUUUUUCUUCCUACAAAUCGCAUCUGAAGAAAAAGGCCUGCCAUUCGCAAAUGUUCGUUUAUGUUUUGUCCGAUUGCGUGCGAUGUUUGUCGACGCUGUUGUAUCGACGUAUUUUCGGUUGCUGCAUAAAUGCGCUAUUUGAGUUUAUCGGACGUAACGUACGGCAGGAAAAGUAAAACACUCUUGGGACUGAUUCACGAGCGACUACAGGCCGAGCCUAUUUUAAGACUAAGUCGUAAAAAUGUUCGUAUUUAUACAUAUAAACGGCCUUUCUUAAAGGCCUUUCUUAUCUAGGAUUUUUAAUAAAUAUGCCCGAGUUGUCUAGUAAAUUUGAAUGAAAGGAAAAACGUCAUGUCUUAUACGUAUUGCACUUAUUCAUUGCCAACAAAUUGUCGCUUUUGCUGAUGUUUUUUGCACAGAUUUCUUUCGUUAAACCGAAGUGUAUAACUUUGGUUUAGACAAUCUUUCUUGAUUACUCAACAGCGUAACUUAUAAUACGUUUUUGCGCAUUACAUUAUUGUGAGAAGUAUGCAGCUUCUAUAACGCAUCCACGUUCUCGGAUGACGAACAAUGCAGCGAUCGUAAAAUUUUAUUUGAGAAAUAACGAAGAGAUAAUACAGCGCAUUUGUUUUAUGUACCUCUAUGCAAUGAAUGGCGACUUUAGUCCGGGAAGAUUCAAGUGUUUUUCGACAGAUAGGAAUGGUAAACGUCUGCUGAUUUAGCUGCGGAACCUGUUACGAACAGUUUUCUGGCGAUGCAUCGGUGACCUAAUUUAUUUACCGUUUCUCUAAGCGCAUAAAAAAUUUGUUAAGACGCUUACGCGAAUGUCGCGGCAGAGAAGUGAGAAUUGACAAAUAAACAAAAGACAGAAAAAGAACGAUGCGUAUAGUCGUGUUUUUGAAAAACAAUCCCAACGUCAUCGAAGAUGCUCUCGAACGGAAUCCUCACUACCUGUUGACCGACGGAAAUCGCGAUGUACGCGAAAAAAAGAAAGAGCAAAAGAGAUUUCUUUUUUUUAAAUUAUUGUUGUAUUUACAUUAUUGUUCUAAAUAUUUAGCUUUUUAUUUAUAUUUACCGAAUGAUUGCAAAAUACGAGGACGAAAAACUGGCAAAUAUUAGGAAAAAAAAAGCCACAGCAAAUAUUAGACAAACGAGGAACAUGGAAGGGAUUUAAAAAAGGAUGGAAAAUGUGAAAAUAUUGAUGAGAAACGUAUGACAGCGAAACACUUGAUCGACAUAUCUUAUGGUUUUCAGAAUUUUAAUUUCUGACAUUAGAAGAAUCUGUAAAAAAAAAACCAUAUUUUUUUCGUUUCUCUUACGAAAUCAUAUGAUUUAGUUUACUAUGCGUUUAUAGUAAAAUUCAAGAGCUCUAGAAACGUAAAAAAAGCGUUAGAUAAUGGACUCGCUGGGUCACAUCGACAUGUGUUUGUUUCGUAUUUUUCUAGCCAGGAUUUUCUUGGCUUUGAUGAUUUUGCCUUUCCCGAUUGCCCGUCCAAUGUGAUUGCUUCAGAAAUCGUGCUUUCCGUUUGAUUUGAUCUCUGACGAAGACAGAGGGAGAGACUCGAAAACAGCCGAAAUGGAAGGAGCGCGGUUUUAAUGAUCCUAAUUUUUUUUUCUUUGUACCGUUUCUUUUUUUGUUCCCCAUGUCGGCCGUCGAUUGUUUUUUGAUUCUCUCUUCCUCCUGCUUCUCCUUUAUGUAUUUAUUUCACUUAUCGUCAAUUGACGUUAAUAAUGUAUUGUGAUAAUGCAACGAUAUAACACACCAUAUACACAUACACACACCGAUACUCGGCUCCGCUUUGUCGUAAUAGACUGAUCAACUAAGCCGACUUACCAACGUCGCCCAUAGUGCUGUGUUGCACUAACUCGAAUCUGUUUGGAAGAAUCAAUAAAAACAUCUUUAAUUUA